UCUUCCCCCAAUCCGAACCCAAACCCUCGCCUCGGCCGCGCUCUGCCGGCCACGAGCACGCCAUGGCGCGGCCGCCUGAGCUGAUCGACGACAUCUUCGGCGAGAUCCUCCUCCGCCUCCCGCCAGACGACCCGGCGUGCCUCAUCCGCGUCUCGCUCGUCUGCAAGCCCUGGCGCCGGCUCCUCUCCGACCCCGCCUUCCUCCACCGCUACCGCGCGUUCCACGGCGCACCGCCCCUGCUCGGCUUCUUCCGCAACUUCCAAGGCAAACGUUUCGUGGCCACCACCGCUCCCUCCCCCAUCGCCCCGCUGCCGAUGGCGUUCGAAGCCCAUGAAGGAUGGAUGACAAUGGAUUGCCGACAUGGACGCGCGCUGCACGACUGCUUUGGGUCCGGUCUCGUCGUCUGGGACCCAUCACCGGUGACCAGCAUCGAGUGCCCCCUCCCGGAGAACCGGGUUACUACAACGCUGCAGCGGUGCUCUGCGGCGUGGACGGUUGCGACCACCUCGAUUUCCGCGGCGGCCCAUUCCUCCUCGUCCUCCUAUGCACUUAAGACAAGUCUGACAAGUGGGCGAGCAUUUACUCAUCGAAGACUGAGGGCCUAUUUGCCGGAGGGCAUUGUUGUGACGGCGGAGGACAACCGGCUGGGGUUCGCGGGUCUGAGAGAUGACAGCCUGUACCUGUGGUUGUGGCAGGCUGGUGCUGACGGCAGUGUAGGAUGGACGCAAGACAGGCUCAUCAAGGUCAAGAUGCUACUCCCCAUUCUUGAACCAUCGACCUCAUCACUUGAGCUGCCUGGCUUUAUAGAGGGCACAGAUACUAUUAUCAUCAGCGCAAAUGUUGGCGUCUUCGCAAUCAUGCUCAACUCAAGGGAGGUGAGGAAGUUAGGCCAUGUUUAG